AUGUCACUCGCAACUCUAGAUACCUCCCAGCACCCUAAUCUCCCGGCCUCAUCCCCCACACUCUUCUCAGCCAAAGCAUCCAAGAAGCUGACCUUUGAGCAAAUUGCCACUCACAUCAAUAGAAAUGAGGUUGCUGCGGCAGCAAUUUUCUAUGGUCAGGCAAAGGCAUCGCCUGAAGAUAUUGUGAAGUUGUCUGAGCUACUGGAGGUUCCCCAUGCUUUGCUUGAAGAGCAGCUGGGUGGAUUCCCAGAUCGGGGCCGAUCGGUGGAGAUGCCUCCCAAGGAGCCGUUGAUCUAUCGGCUUUAUGAGAUUGUGCAGAACUAUGGUUAUGCAUACAAGGCUGUUCUGAAUGAGAAGUUUGGUGAUGGAAUUAUGAGUGCCAUCUCCUUUUCAACAAAGGUGGAGAAAGAGACUGAUGCAGAUGGGAAUAACUGGGCGGUUAUCACACUGCGUGGAAAAUGGUUGCCUUUCUCACGCUUCUAA